AUGUUCCGUCUCUCGCGAGCAACAUUGCGCGCACGCCAUCCAUUGCGUGCGUACUACACGACAGCGCCCGGUGCGCCGCUCAAGGUGGCUGUAAUCGGCGCCGGCCCGUCGGGAUUCUACGCGGCCAGCCGCAUCCUCCAGCUCCUUCCGGCUUCGAGCGAUUUGGGCUCUCGCGUCAAAGUGGAUAUGUAUGAGCGCCUGCCAACGCCGUAUGGACUUGUGCGCUACGGUGUGGCUCCAGAUCACCCCGAGGUUAAGAACUGCCAGCACAAGUUUGACGAGCUGGCCAGUGACUCGCGUUUCAACUUCUUCGGCAAUGUGUCGGUGGGCACCGAGCCGCCGUCGCUCUCUCGCGACCGCCUCUCAUCCUACGCUUACCCGCAUGCGCUGCAUAUCCCCCUCCCCGACGUUGCGGCGCACUACAACGCCCUAAUCUUCACAUACGGAGCCUCGCUUUCCAACCCCCUAGCCUCGGUAUCGGGGAGCACGUCGACCGACAGUCCGCUGGGCAACGUAUACCCAGCCCUAGCAUUCGUGGGGUGGUACAAUGGUCAUCCCGCUUUUGCAGACCUGAAUCCUGACCUCUCGACUAUUAAGGACGUGGAUGUAGUCGGACAGGGUAAUGUCGCGCUCGACGUGGCGCGUAUCCUCCUCUCGCCGCUGUCUGCGCUAGACAAGUCGGAUCUGCCCCAGAACAUCCUGGACGCACUGGCCAAGAGUAACGUCGAGAGGGUUCGGGCGGUUGGUCGGCGUGGGCCCGCCCAAGUCGCAUUCACAACCAAGGAACUACGCGAGAUGGUCAAGCUCGGCGUCAACUUCUCCGGCGUCGACGCAGGCCUCAUGACCCAAGCCAAGGAAAUGGCUAAGGGUGACCGCCCACGAACCCGCAUGCUCGGAUUAAUGGACACGUCAGUCGACGUACCAGGCGGCAAGACGUUUGAGCUUGCGUUCCUUCGGUCUCCCGUGGCUUUCCUUCCCGACGCCUCUAAUAAUGUUAGAGGCGUCGAGUGGGCGAUCAACGAGUUGGUCGAGAGUGAGCGUGGUAUGAUUGCGCGUGCGACGGAUGCUCGCGAGACGUCGGUUGCGCAAAUGGUGAUCGAGAGUGUCGGAUACCGUUCGGAACCGAUUGAUGGACCGAGCGCCAUUGCACCCUUUGACGAGAAGAAAGGCCGGCUGAACAAUGACGGCGGGAGGGUCCUCGAUAACGAGGGGCACGUUAAUGGCGCGUACGCUGCUGGGUGGGUUGCACGCGGCCCGGUCGGCGUCAUUGCCAGCACAAUGCAGGAUGCGUAUGGGCUCGUCGAGGCCCUCCUCGAGGAUUAUGGGGAGGGGUGGCCUGACCGUCCAAAGGGCAGCCCGAUCCCGGUUAUGCCCGAGGCUGGAGUCCCAGAGGCUAUUGAACGGGGUCUCAAGGAUGGGACGGUGGUGGAUAUUCCGCGGUGGUUGAGGAUUGAUGCGGCGGAGAGGGAGCUUGGGAAGAAGACGGGGCGCGAGGAGAGGGAAAAGUUCCGCACUGUCGAGGAGAUGCUCGAGGUGCUCGGGUAG